AUCAAUGCCGUGGACGCCUACUCACAAUUGUCACGCUUGUUUCCUAAUUUUCCCGAAUACAAGGUCUAUCAUGCACAGUCACUUUACAAUGCAUUCAGACUUCAAGAAGCACUGCAAAUCGUUUCUUCAAUCGAAGAGGAGCAUCUUCUUAGCGAAGUAGUCAAGCUUGAAUCAGUCAUCAAAUACCGCGAGGAGGAUAUGAACAACGCACGUAUUCUCGUUGAACAGUAUCCUCCCGACGAUCCAGACACUGAAAUGAAUCUGGCAUGUCUGGAUUAUAGGGACGGAAAUUACGACAAAGCCUUGGAACGCUUCAACAAUGCGAGCUCAAUUAGAGGCUAUCAACCAGAACUCGCCUAUGCCAUUGCUCUCUGUCAUUAUCGGAAAAAGGAGUACCAACAGGCGUUAAAAUUCAUCACUAACAUUGUCGACAGAGGGAUCAAAGAUCAUCCAGAGCUCAACGUCGGUAUGGUCACUGAAGGCAUGGAUUUACGCUCUGUUGGAAACACUAUGAAGUUACAUGAGACAUCACUAGUGGAAGCCUUAAACCUGAAAUUUGCCGUCGAAUACAAACUCAAGAAUUUCACGGGAGCUCAAGAAGCACUGACGGAUAUGCCGCCCCGGUCCGAAGAAGAACUCGAUCCUGUGACGCUUCACAACCAGGCUCUGAUCGGUUCGCCGUUUUUUGUCGACGGCUUCGCAAAAUUACAGUAUCUGCUCACGCAGAACCCAUUUCCUCCCGAAACGUUCGCUAAUCUACUGUUGCUUUACUGUAAAUAUGAGUAUUACGAUCUAGCAGCUGAUGUCUUGGCUGAAAACACCCACCUUACAUUCAAAUAUCUUACUCAGUAUCAAUACGAUUAUUUGGAUGCACUCAUCAAUCUCCAAACAUCUCCAGAGGAAGCCUUCGCCAAAUUCGAUGCAAUGGCAAAUGAACAAAUGAAUGAGCUACGAAAUCUCACCAAGAGGGAAAUCCGUCAAAGUAAUGAUGAAACAACAGCUCGAAAGGCGGUUGAGGCGUUUGAUGAGACACUAGAGCUGUAUCUGCCGGUGCUGAUGUCACAGGCGAAGAUCUAUUGGGAUAGAGGGGACUAUGCUCGAGUGGAACGGAUUUUUAGGUGUUCAGUCGAAUUUUGCAGUGAGCAUGACACUUGGAAAUUAAACGUAGCUCACACAUUGUUUAUGCAGGAGCAGAAGUUUAAGGAAGCAGCCGGUUUCUACGAACCAAUUGUCAGCAAACACUUUAUGACACUCUUGGAUGUCUCGGCAAUCAUUCUGGCUAAUUUGUGUGUCUGCUACAUUAUGACUAAUCAAAACGAAGAGGAACUGAUGCGUAAAGUUGAGCGAGAGGAAGAUGAUGCUAGAGAGCUGGACGAUACACGAAAAUCUUUCCACGUGUGUAUUAUCAACUUGGUGAUAGGGACACUUUACUGCAGUAAGGGAAAUUUCGAGUUUGGUAUUUCUCGCGUGAUCAAAGCAAUGGAGCCUCAGGAGCGAAAACUCGGUACAGACACAUGGUACUACGCAAAACGAUGCCUCCUGGCAACAAUUGGUGAGGAAAAUCUCAAGAACCUGCAAAUCCGGUCUUGCGAACCACCAUAA